AUGUCAUUAGCCUAAUUCAUACAAUACAACCAAAUCACAUUUUUGAAUGAUUUUUGGAAUACUCUUCGACCAGACUCACAAGUAAGCUUUCCAUUCUCAUAUCUGCCUAGUUAUUUUAUGAUCGAGGGAAAGAAACUUUCAUCUUUAGAGAAUAAAAUCAAAUAUUUAUAAUCUAAAAAAGUGAACUCACCACAGUUGUGCGCAUAUAGAUCCCUUAUAAUGGAAUAAUAUAUAGUAUGAAUAUACAAUAGGAUAACUCCUUCGUUGCUUAUUAAGUAUCUGAAAACUAAUUAGUAAUUUAUUAUCGAGUAUUAAUUAGUGGAUGUUUUCAACCAGAGCAAACAGACAAUUCUAAUACCAAGCGCAAUAAGAGAAGAAUUCAUACAUUAUUCAAUUUGAAUGGGCGAAAGGGUCAUUAGGAAUAUUUGACAUAAUGGUUGUAGAAAAUCACGGAAUACAUUUGCUUAAAAUUGAUGAUUAAGUAAGGAAAGUCAAGUUUUUAUAAUAAAAAAUAACUUGCUGUUGGUAUGAACCAAAAAAUGAGGUUCUGGCAACUUGUUGUAGCAAUCAUAAUGGAUUAAUAUCUACUUACUUCUUUAAGGAAAAGAAAAAGGAUUUCAAAUACAAAGGACCUGACUUUUAUUUAGAUGAUUUUGAACCAAAAGAUAGGACUUCCACCUUUGCUUCGAUAUUCAAAUCAAAAAAAACAGAUAUCCCCUAAUUUAUUGUCCCUACCGACAAGAAAAACAAAGAUUUAUGUCAAGAUGAAUUGAUAUCAAAUUUAAGUUUUAGAGUCUACUUAAUUCACCUAUACGGCAAAUCCCUCUUAGCUUUUUCCAAUUCACAAAGUGGCAAAUUUUUGUUUUAUUAACUACAACACGAAAAAAUUACUGAGUAAAAAUACCUGCUUAACUUUCCAUCUGAUAUCACUGUAAUUUAUUUUUAUUAGAUAUUAGAUUAAUCUAUCAGUAAUUGAUAAUCUUAUUAUCUUAUCAACUUUCAAUGAAAAAUUCUCCUAGGUGUUUGAUGUCAAAAAAUAAAGACCAGAAUCCGCCCUUGGGGCACCUUAAUCAAUCUUUGAGUAAUAAGAAAUUCCAACUAUCAAAUUUAAGGAUGUAGAAAAGUAGAAUGUAGUGCAGUAAAAUUAAUAGAUUAAAGAUGUUUAAUAGAACGAAUAAACUAAGAAAAGUUCAAGCAGGAGUUUAGAAGAUAACUAGAUUGAUCGGGAUUAAGCAUAAAAACAAUAAUCUUCAAACCAACAAUUAGAUUCUGAACAAAAAACUGAUGAAAUCAACGUAGAAGAUUAGGAGUUAGUCACACAAAAUUUUGAUCACUAGGAUAUUGAUGAUAUUGAAUAAUAAAAGUAAUAGAAAUAGAUUUAGAAAGUAUAAAAAAAUGAGGAAACUUAAUAAUUUAGCAAUAUGUAUUCUGCAUUUGAUGUUUAAACUUUGAUCCAAGAAAUUAAAUUAGCUGACGAAUAUUUUUAAACAUUUUUAGUUAAAAGGAAAUGGUGCGCUCUAACUUAACAGAAUGUUUAAAUUUAGAGUCGAAUUUGUAAAUUUUAUGUUUAUAUUUUAGAUGAGCAAAGUUGUAAUUUCUUAGAAGAUGAUUUAAUAAUUAAUUACAAAGAAAAAUAAAUUUACUAAUUUACAUUGAAUUUAAAGUACUUACCAAACACCUUUGAAGAUGAACCAGAAGAAGCAUUUUGUGGAUUAUUAAGGAGAAGCAAUUGCAAAAAUGCUGUUUUUGAAUUUUUAAUUUAAUUGGCAUUAAAUAAUAAACCAAUUAAAAUCUUUUAGAAUAUUUUUGAGACCCUUGUGAGAGUCCAUUCAGAAACUGUUGGAUUCACUUAAAAUGAAAGAUUAUAUAGUGGAUACACUGUCUUAUCGCCAUAAGAUUUCAAACUUCAUUUCUUUUAGGUCUUAUCAGAAAAUGAAAACAUGAAUAUAUAAUUCUUAAUUGAGAUUCUCAUUGAAUUUAUAAGAUAAUUUUAGGAACCAUUAAAGGAAUUAAUCGAAAUCCAAAAGCUAUUAAUUAAAUUAUUAAUUAAAACUCAUAGAUUUACUCAUUUGCAUUUCCUAAUUCAAUAUUAGGUUCUAUUAGAUAAUUUAGAAUUUGCAAAAUUGUUAAUUGAUAUAAGUAAUAAGGAAUCUCUCACCUUAAAGGAAAGCAAAUCUGAACCAUAUGAACCAGCUUACUAAUUAGGAUUAGAUAUGCUCUUUAGAUUGUCAAAAUAUGAAGAACUAUUAGAAUGUCUGUUAAAAUAUGGAAAAGUAUUUGCAUAAAGUUAUUUAAGUUUCAUGAUGCAGCCUAUUUGCUAAAUAAGAUACCUAAUAUUAGAAUGAGAUUACCACCAAUUUAAGAAGGCAUCAGGAAUUCUGAUUGUUAAAGAGAAGAUUUGCUGUUCUACUUAGAAGAUGCUUAUAAAAAAUAAAAAACUUAUUUUAGUGUUGCCGAAGUGAAAACUUUGUGA